AUGAUCAUUCCCUCCUCGCUCGCGUCAGCCCCCUUGACUCAGCACCCGCCCACCCAUCCCCUCGGCGCACCCCGUCCUCGCCCUCCCCCGCUCCCCCGCGCCUCUCAGCAUUCGCCAUCGUGUACGGCAUCUCGCUGCGCCAACGCCCACGGGCCGUCUGCGUCAUCAACUGGAUCACGGCCCCUCUCCCGAGCGACGCCCUCCGCGGCACACGCGCCGCUCUCUCCCACCACCAACGCCCUCAUCUGCAACAACGACAACAUCGCACAGCCCACGUCCGCCCAUCCACACCCACGUCUGUAUUAUGUUCCCGCCUCGCUGAAUUUACGGCGUCGUAAACAAGCAAAAACCACGCAUCGCACGAGGUCGCAUGCCGCGUGA